CACCUACCACUCAACAGGUCAGAGAAGUCAGUCCAUUUCUCCAAUAAAAACACACUGAUUUCACUCUUAUCUGGCCAUUUCCAUCAUUUCCAACUCCUCAUUAUCACAGACAUAUUGGACUUCUCUCUUCCUCUCUUUCUCUCUCUAGCCAUACAAGGGGUUCCCUGAGACUCUUGUAUCAUAAUUUUCUAGAUCACAUACAAAAAUGGUGAAAGCCGUUGCCGUCCUUAGCAGCAGUGAAGGUGUUAGCGGCACCAUCUUCUUCACUCAAGAUGGAGAUGCACCAACCACAGUUACUGGAAAUGUCUCUGGCCUAAAACCCGGACUUCAUGGCUUCCAUGUCCAUGCCCUUGGUGAUACCACAAAUGGCUGCAUGUCAACGGGACCACAUUACAACCCUGCUGGUAAGGAGCAUGGUGCUCCUGAAGAUGAGGUGCGUCAUGCUGGUGAUCUUGGUAACAUCACAGUUGGGGAAGAUGGUACUGCAUCUUUUACCAUUACCGACAAGCAGAUUCCUCUUGCUGGUCCACAAUCCAUCAUUGGAAGAGCUGUGGUUGUUCAUGCUGAUCCUGAUGAUCUUGGAAAGGGAGGACACGAGCUCAGUAAAGCCACUGGAAAUGCUGGUGGAAGGGUUGCUUGUGGUAUCAUCGGCCUCCAGGGUUAAUUACUCAUGUACCAUGAAGAUUCUCAGCUGCUAGUGGAGGGUAUCUUGGAAUAAGGUUUCAUUGGAGCUAUUGAGCAUUGUUGUCUAUGUUUUUAUCAUGUGAUACCUCUUGUUUUUGAGUUGAGCCAAUCAUACAUGAUAUAGCUCUAAUUUCCAGUGUGUGAGUUGUACUAGUUUCUGCCAACAAAACAUUAACCGUAAUAAAACAUAGUCCGUAGCAUUGCUGGUUUCUUAGAUUUGAAUGUUGUCAUUUCAAUUGGAUGGUUUCGACGCUAUACAAUUCAUACGGAUGGAAAAGACAGCCUGCCAUUUUUCUCA